GCUCUCCGCCAUCUUAGUGCGGCGGCUGGCAAGGUCUCCCCGCCGGGGUCACAGGGACGUAGAAGCUGCUGAACGGACUUUUGGUGGACAUGCUGUCCCGGUUGGCGCUGCACGCUGCCGGCGCCGUGGCUCCGGCGCUCAAGAACGCGGCCCCACUGGCUCCGGGGGUGCUUCAGGCAACCAGAAUUUUUCACACAGCUUCUCCCCGUCUGGCUCCUUUGCCUCCUCUUCCUGAGUACGGAGGGAAAGUUCGUCAUGGGUUGAUUCCUGAGGAAUUCUUUGAGUUUAUGUAUCCUAAAACUGGAGUUACAGGUCCUUACGUAUUGGCCACUGGACUUAUGCUGUAUCUUCUCUCUAAAGAAAUCUAUGUUAUUACUGGUGAGACAGUUGCUGCUAUAGGAACAUUGGGGAUCUACAUUUAUGCAGUUAAAAAAUAUGGUGCCUCUGUAGCAGCUUUUGCUGAUAAACUCAGAGAGGACCAGUUGGCUGCGGCAGAAGCAUUGAAACAGACUUCCAUAAAAAAUAUCCAAGAUGCAAUUGACUUGGAAAAGAAACAGCAAGCCCUGGUUGCCCAGCGUCACUACCUUUUUGAUGUCCAGAGGAACAACAUUGCCAUGACACUCGAAGUCUUUUACCGUGAGAGGCUGCAUAAAGCGUACACGGAGGUGAAGAAUCGCCUGGACUAUCAGAUCGCCAAGCAGAACAUGAUGCGACGCAAGGAGCAAGAACACAUGAUUGCUUGGGUGGAGAACCACGUGGUGAAGAGCAUCUCUGCUCAGCAGGAAAAGGAAACAAUUGCCAAGUGCAUCUCAGAUCUAAAGUUGCUAGCAAAGAAGGCCCAAGCACAAUCACAGUCGGUUCUGUAAAACUAUUUCAUCAUAAUUAAGACAGUGAAGAGCAGUUUUUACUAGCGUUGUAGAAGCUGGAUUUUUGUGACCCUCAAUAAAAAUCUUUCUCUGAACAUUGUAAUACCAUCCCUCCUAAAGCUGAGCCGAAACCUUUCUUAGAGAUAUGAGGUUUGGAAAUAGGAGGAGCGUGACAGUUAUUUUAUUGGAAGGUCGCCUUUCAGCCCAACUGCUGUAUGUUUUGAUGUAAUUGAAAAACUUGAAUGAAGUUUAGAACACUACCAAAAAUUCCCAAAUUAUAUCUUAAAUUUUAAUUUUGGAUCAAUCUACCAUCUUGAAAUAAAAUAACUGAUACUCUUAAGGCAUGGAGGCCUCAUGAAAUUUUUUCUUAAAAGAUUUCAUUAAAAUUUAGUUUGUGAUUACAGAAAUAUAAUUUGCAUCAGAGUCUCUGGAAUUCUUAGAACUCAUAGCUUACCAUUUGAUGAUUGGGUUGUGCUAAAGAAGUUUGUUUUGACAAUUAUUUCAGAAAAGUAUGCAUAAGAAAUUUGUCAAAUGUUUUCCCAUUGACUUCCAUUGUAAUCACCUCAAAGAGCAUAGUUUAGUGUAUAAAAAAGUUACACUAAGAUUCUCAAUAAGUCCAUGUCAGAGGUCAUGUAUUAAAGUACUGUAAUUAAUUAUA